GCCUAGCUAGCUUCUUCCACCAACCUUCUCAUCAUAACCAUCUUCCACGCUCUAAUACAGGAGCUGGGAUUUAGGUUUGGUGAUUGCUAUUGGGAUUCACGCAACCCCGUUGUCUUCAUCAUCUCACCAUCAUGAAUCUCAAUUGUUUGGCAUGCACCCUAAUCCCAAGGACAGACUCCUACAGGGAGCAUAAUCUACAUGAACGCGCCGCCAAACUGCGAGCCUUGGUCGCGAGAAGCUGGUCCGGGGCAAUGGUUUUGCCGGACGACAGCCGCCAGCAAUGCCAUGAUCAGCAAAAGAAGACUAAAGGUCCUUUGGCCAAGAUCAAGGCCGAUCAUCGCCGGAUUCAUAGCGCCAGCGAUGUCAGCUUUCCCGGCAGCCCGGAGCCGAGGUUAGUCCGGAGCUGCGGGGUGAGAAGAAACUGGAGUUUUGAGGAAUUGACUUCUCAAUAUCUGGACAAUAGGGUGGAAAUCCAUUGAGGUAUAUAAUGGAUCAUUCAUUAUUUCUGCUAGCUCCACAUUAUUCAGACGAUAGUAGAGAAAACAGAAAUGAAAGUCAUAUAUUUCCUCACAUUAUUCAUGAGCUUUUUCAGAGCUGUGUACAUGAUCUAUGUCUGAUUGCUUGGGGUUGAUGAUGAAGCAGAUGGUACGUGGUGGAAUAUUGGAUGGGGAAAGUGUAGAUUGAAUUAAGGUUAUAGGGAUUUAUUUAUUUGUAUCAGAGCAGAAGGGAAUGGGGUUUUCAUUAUAACCUGAUAUUCUAGAGAGCCUGGUGCAUAUUAUUAAGGCACCCGCCAUUUUUUCCCCAUCAUUUUA